AUGGCUCGUACUAAACAAACUGCCCGUAAAUCCACUGGUGCCAAGGUACCACGUAAACAUAUUGGUUCCAAGCAAGCUCACAAGCAAACCCCAGUUUCAUCUGGUGGUGUCAAGAAGGUACAUCGUUUCCAUCCAGGUACCGUCGCCUUGAGAGAAAUUAGAAAGUACCAAAAGAGUACCGAUCUUUUGAUCCGUAAGCUCCCAUUCCAACGUCUCGUAAGAGAAAUUGCCCAAGAGUUCAAGACUGAUCUCCGUUUCCAAUCUGCUGCCAUUGCUGCUCUCCAAGAAGCCUCUGAAGCUUAUUUGGUCGGUCUUUUCGAAGAUACCAACUUGUGUGCCAUCCACGCCAAGCGUGUCACUAUCAUGCCAAAGGACAUCCAAUUGGCUCGUAGAAUCAGAGGUGAAAGAACCUAA